AUGGCAAAUGCUGCUUCUUCAGCCCAUAUCCCAGAAGUGGUGCUUGGCUCUUCCAUUGGCCCCAAGAGCAUGCCUGUGCUUGCCUUUGGCACAGCAACUGACAACAUACAGCCUAAUCUGUUGAAAACAGCGGUUCUUGAGGCCAUCAAGCUUGGCUACAGGCACUUUGAUACAGCUGCCAUUUAUGGCUCAGAGCAGACUCUGGGUGAAGCUAUAAAAGAAGCACUUAAGCUUGGCCUUGUUGCUUCCAGAGACCAACUCUUCAUCACUUCAAAGCUAUGGAGCAAUGAUGCUCACCCUCAUCUUGUCAUUCCUGCUCUCAAGAAAUCACUUGAAAAUCUUCAAUUGGAGUACCUUGACCUGUAUCUCAUCCACUGGCCCAUCAGUGCUAAGCCAGGAAAAUUGGUGUACCCACUAGUUGACCUUAUGCCAAUGGACUUCAAGGGUGUGUGGGCAGCCAUGGAAGAAUCUCAGAGACUUGGCCUCACAAAAUCAAUUGGAGUAAGCAAUUUCUCCAGCAAAAAGAUUGAAACUUUACUCUCUUUUGCUACCAUUCCUCCUUCAGUCAAUCAAGUGGAGAUGAGUCCACUCUGGCAACAGAAGAAGCUAAGAGACUUCUGCAAGGCCAAUGGUGUAGUUGUGACUGCCUUCUCUCCUUUGGGUGCCAUGGGGACCAGUUGGGGAACCAAUUAUGUUGUGGAAAGCAAAGUGCUCCAGGAUAUAGGAGAGGCUCGAGGAAAAACAAUUGCUCAGGUUUGUAUUAGAUGGGUGUACCAAGCAGGGGCAACUCUUGCUGUUAAGAGCUACAACAAGGAGAGGUUGAAACAGAAUCUGCAGGUGUUUGACUGGGAGCUAUCAGAGGAUGACCUUAACAAGAUCAAUCACAUCCCACAGCACAAAAUGAUGAUGAGAGAAGAACUGGUUUCUGCUGAUGGAUCAUCAUCACCAUACAAAUCCGUUGAAGAAUUUUGGGAUGGAGAGAUUUAG